UCUUGAUCCCUUUUUAAAACUUUGCAAAUUACUUUGCUAAUUUGAAAAUAUUUUAUUAUUGAUCGGAUCCCUUAUCAUAAUCAUGUCUUUAUAUCAACAUAAUUGGCCAGAAUUUGAAUUUGGAUGGAGACUUGUUGUGGGGUCAACAAUUGGAUUUUUAGGAGCUGCAAUGGGCAGUAUUGGAGGGAUCGGAGGGGGUGCUAUCUUUGUUCCUAUGCUCUUUUUAAUCAUUGGUUUUGAUCCCAAGUCAUCUGCUGCCGUUUCGAAAUGUAUGAUCAUGGGAACUGCUGCAGCAACAGUGUAUUACAACUCAAGGCUCAGUCACCCUACAUUUUCUAAUACGCCCCUCAUAGACUAUGACUUAGCUCUGCUCUUUCAACCUUUGCUCAUGGUGGGAAUCAGUGUUGGAGUGGCAUUAAACAUCAUAUUGGCUGAUUGGAUGAUCACAAUUCUGCUCAUAUUCCUCUUUUUAGUAAAUGCAACAAGGUCUUUCAUAAAAGGUGUUGAGAUAUGGAAGAAAGAAACAGCAGGAAAACAGGGGACUACUAAACAGCAGGAAUCUGAUGGAAGCACAUUUAUUGGUCAAAUAUCUGAGGAACUUCCUCUAACAAAGGUCAUGGAACAAGGGAUGAAAGAAAGGAAAGUAAAAGAUUUUGCAGAAACAGAGAAUGAUACUGCACAUUUUCUCAAGAUUGAAGCAGACGAUGUCAAUGGAUACAGAUCAGUCCACCGAGUUCCUGAGGCUUCCAUGAGAUUAAAACAGCUAGUGCUUCUUGUAUUUGUUUGGGCGGCUUUUUUUGCCGUUCAGAUCAUGAAGACUCAUGUGAUGGCCUGCUCCAUUGAUUACUGGAUUCUAAAUUUAGUUGAGGUGAUAAUAGGGUUCUCAGUAUCAAUCUAUCAAGCAGUAUGCUUAUACAAAGGGAGAAGGGCCAUAACUUCUUGUUCGAAUGAGACUACAGACUGGACUCUGUCAAAGGUACUCCUAUUCUUCUUCACCGGGAUAGUCGCGGGUGUUAUAGGAGGCAUGCUUGGUAUAGGAGGUGGAACCAUUUUAACUCCGCUCUUCCUUGAAUUAGGAAUCCAUCCACAGGUGGCAAGUGCAACUUCAGCCUUCGCCAUGCUAUUUUCGUCAUCAAUGUCAGUUGUACAGUAUUACAUCCUAAAGCGCUUUCCAGUCCCAUACGCUGUGUAUCUAUAUUGUGUUGCUGUAAUUGCUGCCUUUACCGGGCAAGACGUAGUCAGGAGGAUAAUAUCAGUAAUUGGACGAACAUCUAUCAUCAUAUUUAUUCUUGCUUUCACUAUAGCUGUCAGUACCAUAUGUCUAGGUGGAGCAGGUAUAAUUCACAUGAUACUCAAAGUGCAGAAUCAUGAGUACAUGGGUUUUCAGAGUUUAUGCAAUGGUUAAAUUCUGACUAUAAGUGGAGUAUUAAUUAGUUUUUUUAUCGUAUUUCUUUUAGUCCUC